AUGUUAUGUGAUCUCGCUACAAUUAUGACGAUACUAACUCUACGUUUCAAUAAAAUUCUUAGCAACCUAUAUAAAGUUCCAAGUGUUGUAAGAUUUAAGCAUGUGUGGACAAGUGAUAACGUGGUAAAAUCACCAUUCAAAGAUAUUGUCGUACCGGAGUUAACUGUAGACGAAUACGUUUGGCGCAAUUUGGAAAAAUGGCCGACAAAAACAGCUGUGGUAUGCGGUGUUACCAACAGAAGUUACACUUACGAAGAAAUCUAUAUACAGUCACGUACUUUAGCUACGAACCUCAUUAAAAAGUUUAAACUUGGAAACGGUGAUGUUAUCGGUGUAAUGUCACAUAAUAUUCCUGAGUAUCCCAUUGUGACAUUUGGUAUACUUGCUGCUGGGGGAGUAGUGACUACAUUCAAUCCUCUUUACACUGAAUAUGAAGUUUGUAGGCAAAUAGAGUUAUCAGAUGUCAAACUCAUGAUAGUACAUGAAGAUUAUGUUCCUGUCGUUAAAGAAGCUUACAAACAUGCUAAGAAAAAUAUUCCUAUUAUAAUAAUAAAUAUCGAUAAACCUCUACCAGAGAAUGUUACGAGAUUAAAGGAGCUCGUAGAAGAUGACCACGUCGAUUUAGGCAUUUUAAAACAAGUGAAUAGGAAACCUAGUGAUAUUGCAGUAAUACCAUAUUCAAGUGGAACCACAGGCCUACCUAAAGGUGUAGAACUGACGAAUAGAAAUUUAGUGAGUAACUGUGAACAGCAAAACACUGAUGUUAGGCAGUAUCAUUAUACAACAGAAACACAUCAAGAUACUGCUCUUGCAAUACUUCCUCUAUUCCAUUCGUAUGGAUUGGGAAUAAUUAUGUUACAUAAGAUGGCAGCUGGACUGAAACUAUUAACUCUACCUAAAUUUCAACCAGAUACUUUUUUAAACUCUUUAAAAGUACACCGUACAAAUAUUCUGUUUGCUGUUCCACCAAUGGUUUUAUUCCUGGGAACAAGCCUCCAAGUAACACCUGAACAUCUGGCAUCAUUACGAUGUAUUACUAUAGGAGCAGCUCCGUUACCUAUUGCCGAUGUAAAUAAAAUGAUCUCAAGAUUUCAAAACAGCAAUUUGGUGAUUUCUCAAGGUUACGGAAUGACUGAGGCUUCUCCCUUAGUGACAUUGAGUCUUCCAGAUCGUACAGACUAUGAAUCUGUCGGGUACGCAAUUCCAAACAUAGAACUGAGGGUCGUGGAUGCUAACAUGAAAAAUUUGGGCCCAGGUCAAGCCGGUGAACUAUUAAUAAAAGGCCCGAACGUAAUGAAAGGCUACAGGAAUAACCCAGAAGCAAAUAAAGAAGUAUUUGUUGAAGGUGGAUGGUAUAGAAGCGGAGAUAUAGCAAACAUUGACGAUUCUGGACUUGUUUACAUUACUGAUAGACUAAAAGAACUAAUAAAGGUAAAAGGUUAUCAAGUCCCUCCUGCUGAACUAGAGAACGUAUUGAAAGAGCAUCCAGCGGUUCAUGACGCUGCUGUAAUAGGGGUACCUGAUAAUAGUCUAGGGGAAAGACCUAAAGCUUUUAUUGUAACAAUGCCAGGUGCUAAAGUGGGAUAUCAAGAAAUUAUUGAUUUUGUCACAAAACGUGUAGCGCCUUAUAAAAAAAUUAAAGAGGUAGCAUUCGUUGACAAUAUACCAAAGAGUAUAUCUGGAAAAAUAUUGAGAAAAAUGUUACGA